GGGUGGGGGGAAGGGGGAGGAAAUUGGGGGGCGGGGUCAAAAGAGCUGGGGGCUUAAAGGCAGUAGGGGAGAGAGGCUGCCCAGCUAGACGAAGGAGACAGCUGCCAAGUCCCCAGGCAGAGGCCCCACAGAGAUGGAGCAGAAGGAAGAGAAGCCCCCUGCGGAAGGGACCAUCACUUUCCCAACCACAGAGGCCCCGGGGAUGCUGGGAAGUGGGGCCUCUGCAGAGGAGGGGACCACAGGCACAGCUGAGAGGAUGGGCAAAGAGGGACCUCCAGGAAGGGCAGGAGAGCAGGAAAGAGCACCGGCAGAGGACAGCAUUUCAGCCGAAUCCCAGGCGGAAGCAAAUGGGUUGGAUGAGGACAAGGUGGAAUCCAAAGGAGAGGAUGAACAUCAAAAGGACAGUGGGAAGAAAGAGGUGACUGACAAGAAAGAAGAGACUCGGUCUGAAUCCGAGGAGGCUGAGGACAAAGAGGAGCCCACAAUGGCCUCUGAGAAGCAGAAGGCUGACAAGAGAGAUGCCACGCCUGAAUCUGGGGAGAAAGUCAACGAGAAUGAUGAGGCCCAGGCUGAGCAGAAGCAGGCCACUGGGGAGCGGGAGGCCAAGACUGGAGGCAGAGAGGCUGAUGGCAAGGAGGAGACCACAGCACCCUCUCAGGAGGACGGAGACAAGACGGAGGAGCCCAAGGCUGAUGCCCAGGGACAAGCCGAGGCCCCAGACGCCAAGGCCCCAGAUGCCAAGUCGGCCUCUCAGAGGAAGGCUGCUGUGGAAGACGAGAUCAAGGCUGAGCUGCAGGAGGCUGACAAGGAGGAGAAGGUGGGGCUGGACGGUCCCAAUGAAGAGCAGGACCAGGGUGUGGAGAAAGAGUCGGAGGAGGCGGCGGGAGUGGUUCCCAGCUCCCCUGAGGAAUGGCCAGAGAGCCCCACGGAGGAGGGCCAGGGCCUCAGCCCAGAUGGGUUGGGUCCAGACGCUGCGGCUUCUGGGGAGACCAGCCCUUCAGCCAGUGAGUCUUCGCCCAGCGAUGUGCCCCACAGUCCCACGGAGCCUUCUCCCUCACAGGAGAAGAAGAAGGAGAAAGCGCCCGAGCGCAGGGUGACAGCCCCCGUCCGGCCCCGGGGGCCCCGUGCGCAGAACCGCAAAGCCAUCGUGGACAAGUUUGGCGGGGCAGCCUCAGGCCCCACGGCUCUGUUCCGAAACACUAAGGCAGCCGGAGCAGCCAUUGGCGGGGUCAAGAACAUGCUCUUGGAGUGGUGCCGAGCUAUGACAAGACACUACGAGCAUGUGGACAUCCAGAACUUCUCCUCAAGCUGGAGCAGCGGCAUGGCCUUCUGCGCCCUCAUCCACAAGUUCUUCCCGGAUGCCUUUGACUACGCUGAGCUGGACCCCAAGCAGCGCCGGCACAACUUCACCCUGGCCUUCUCCACCGCAGAGAAACUGGCCGACUGUGCCCAGCUGCUGGAAGUGGAUGACAUGGUGCGGCUGGCAGUGCCUGACUCCAAGUGUGUCUACACCUACAUCCAGGAGCUCUACCGAAGCCUCGUGCAGAAGGGGCUGGUGAAGACCAAAAAGAAAUGAGCAGCUCGCCCGCCCUGUAGGCAGAGGUGGGCAGGGUGCCCAGCUGACCAGCCAUGGCCCAGAGGCUCCCUUCUGCUCCAGGGAGGCAGCAGAACUAGAGCAUAACCAUAUUAAAAGUACUUUUGUAAAAUCC